GCGGUGUUCUGCGUGUUCUGCGUGACGGCACCCCGACGGAGCUCCGUCACUACUGUUGCAUUUAAUGUUUGUUCUGGGUGAUAACAGUGGCACCACAACUCGAAGUAGCAGGACAAAUAAAGAGGAAGAACAAAACUUGACGUCUAAGCUCUAAAGGGGCCACCAUUACGAAGUUAUCUCAGCUGCAGCGACAGCUAGCAGCUCGGAGAGCUAGCUGGCAGGUAAGCUUAGCCGGGGAAGCUAAUCACGGCCGGACCGCUGGACCUAGUGGGGGGUCACUAGGGGAUCGGCAAUGGUAGUUUAAUCAUUACACGGGGAUUUGACACACCAUAUGACCGGGAGUAGCUAGUUGUUUAUGACAAGAUGUCCACGACUUCGCUGGAUAAGGAGCUGCAGGAGCGGCUGAGAGAGGCGUCUGCCAUCGGGGACGUGGACGAAGUGAAGUCGCUGGUGGAGAGCGGGGUCAACGUCAACUCACAGAACGAGAUCAAUGGCUGGACAUGCUUGCACUGGGCUUGCAAGAGGAACCAUAAGCAUGUUGUGUCCUACUUACUCAGUUGUGGAGCAGAUAAAGAAAUCCUCACAGCCAAGGACGAGUUGGCUUCACAGCUAACAUCCAAACCAGAGAUCAAGAGACUUUUGGGAGUUGAGGUGGAGGACGAGCUUGAAGUCAAGGAGCCUGAGUUGCCAAUCAUCCCAAAUUACCUGUCUAACCCGCCCUUCAUGUACUCCAAGAUGGACAACAAGUCGGAGAUUAUUCUUGCCCAAAACAUCACUCACAAUGGUUCUGGAGAACACGCUGAAGACACGAGUGACUCAACCUCCAUCUCCUCAACAGACGAGCUUCAGAGAUCACAGACUACGGUCUCGGAUGGCCCGACUCCUCCCCCAAAUCCCACAGUCAACCACAGCCACGCCCCAGCCAGUGAAUUCAUUCCUGUGUCAGAGCAAAAUGGUGUGUCACCUGGUGUGACUUCUUUCCACAAUCACACUGUUGUUAACUGCACAGUGCCCAUGGACCUGUCAGUUGAGCCUCACCUGGUGAACCAUGUUGACCAUCCACAUGCAGUGGCACACAAUGGCACCAUGUGCUCGCCUCCGCUUGCCUCAACAUGUCCUAAUUUGGCAAGCAAUAAUGGCAGCCACGUACAAGCCCCUGUGGCCAGCAGCAACCCCACCAUGAACAGACAGCAGUCUAUUCCACAGCAACUAAGCUAUGGACAGGCCAGCGGGCCCAUGCCGGCCUUCCAGCCUUUCUUCUUCACCAGUACUUUCCCUGUCAAUGUACAAGAGUUGGUGUUGAAGGUUCGCAUCCAGAACCCCCACACACGAGAGAACGACUUCAUUGAAGUGGAGCUGGAUCGUCAGGAGCUCACCUACCGCUCUCUUCUGAGAGUCUGCUGCCGUGAGUUGGACAUCAGUGCUGAGCACGUCGAGAAGAUUCGCAAGCUGCCAAACACCAUGUUAAGAAAGGACAAGGAUGUGGCGCGGCUGCAGGACUUCCAGGAGCUGGAGGUGGUGUUGGAGAAAGCAGAAGGUCUGUCCCUCUUCUCUUCGGCAGGGGGUCUGACAGACAGACCCUCCUACAACAUGAAGGCCUCCCGUCUCACCUACUAGAGCUACGACAAACCCUGAGCGCUCUCUGAUUCUGAUGGGCUUCUGUAGCUUCCCACAAGAAACCAUACCUAGUUGCCUGCCCAGUCCCUUGUUACAGUUUUGAUCAGCUUUAAUGUCUUUCCAUUACCCCAUCUGGGAUUUAUUUAGACUGUAGCUAUCGUCCUUCUAUGGUCCUUCCACAGCUUUAGGGUAUCCAACCAGUUCCAAGAGAUUACUAAUGCAUGGUAUCCUUGAUUACGUGUGAAAGUAUUUGGCCCCCUCUCUCCUCUCUUUGUCACUCUCUCCUCCCACUGCAUUUUGUGCCAAGGCUCCAGUGGGUCAAAGGGGGGGGGGGGGGCAUUGGCUUGUCUUCCUGAUGGGUUGGACUUGAUUGGGAUUCUGCAGUCACCUUAUAUGGAGACAUUUUUACCAUGGUUGUGGACUAUGGUCAAAGACAAAAAUGAUCUGAGAGGGCAGAAACCAGGUGACAAACGGAAGGAUUUACAUAACUUCCCGAUGAGCUCAUCAGACCACAGAGCAGGACGAGUUGCAGCAAAGUAGACUUGCACACAAGUUGGACUUCUAACAAAUUGACCUACAGUGAUAUCAGAUAUUCCUGCUUACACACUUUUAUAUGUGCUCUUGGCAUAAACCUUAGUGUCUUUACUUGCAGCAGGUAUCCGUUAUUAGCCUAAUUUUUAUCGUGGAGUUAAUCUCACACUAGUUGAGAUUUAGGUAUCCUCGGCCUAAACAUAGUUUUAUUGCCUGGCCACAUACAGUACAUGCUUUAAUCUAUAUCCCCACAUGGAUGGACACUGCUGAAUAGAAGUAUCCAUCCCCCUAGAAAUUUAAAGUUAAGUCAUUCACUGUGGAAAGGGAAUAACUCCUUCUGUCUUAAAUAGGUGUCUUCUGUGUAUUUUUCAUGUGAUAUGAAAAAAAAUUAUGUUGCUAGAAUAACAAAAAACCAUUAAGCAACUUGAAGCAAGAUUUUUUUUUCUUUUCUGAAUAACUACAAUACAUUAUCACUUUUGCUUUGCCGAGGGUCAUUACGUUACAAUGCUUACAAAUGUGAAUAAUUCAUGUUUAAUUUCUGAGUCAUGUUGAUUCUUACUAAUAAAACAAGACCCUAUACUCCGUUUUAAUGACUCAACAAAGGUUCUGUUAGAGGCUCCAAUUUAAAAGUUGCAAGUAAAGACUUCUGUUUAAUGUUUUUUAGUUUAACUUUAAUUCAAACAAAGACCAAAUAAAAAACGAACAAACUUGCCAGCAAAGACGAUACCUUCAGAACACAAUGUUUGCUGUUUCUGAAAGAAAUGCAACUUUCAGAUUUAUUUUUCUCCAUUUAAUGAAAAAGAAAGAUAUAAGAUGGGAAAACAAACAUUGAACCAGGCGUUUUGAUUGAGUGCUUCCUCGUUUUCCAAGUUUUGUGGAAGUUUUAUCUAUUAAUUUUCUCUUUUGCACUGUGUAGUGCCAGGUUUUACUUGUAUAACAAGUGAAGAUGAGAAUAUAAAGAUUAGGUAUUCCGUUUGUCAUUCAGUACCUGUGUGCUGCAGGUGUAUUAAAGUUAAAGUAGGUUUUGACUAAUAUUUUCUAUUUGGUCGUCAAAUUUGAGAGCUCACACAGAUACUGACAUGAUUAUUAACACCAACAAUAAAAUACACCGGUUAAAAGGCACAGUUGUGGUGGCUGAGAGUCUUAUGCUGCUUUCAUUAAUACAAAUGCUGGGACUUUUCUUUUUACCAUUCCAGUCAGAAGACCCUGCACACCGUCUUACAAUCAGAGAUAAAAGUUUACUGUUCAAAUGUUCACCAGAAGAGUUUUGCUGUGUUGUGUUUUAUUAUCGACUUUUUUUUUUCUUCUCAUUUUUUAUUCUUCCAGUUUGGAUACGUUAACCAGCCAGGCCUGUUGGUUUCGUGUCACAAAUGUCCAAUGUUCAAGAGUUCAGCAGUGGUGAAGGAAAGUACUGAGAUGCUUUUGUUCAAGUGCAAUGUGAAGGAAGAAGAAUGUGUUUCAACAGAGUUUGGGUGUGACGGAGCAACCAAGAGUUCUUUUUUUUUUUUUCUUCCUUGCUAUAAUAAAUGUUCUCUUGAGUGAAGUGGCACAUGUGGAAGGCAAAAGUUUGAUUAACAAAGUUGGAAAAUGUAGAGAGAAAAUAAAAAUUAAUUAAAAAAAAUGUUUAAAAAAAAAAAAAAAAAAAAAACCCUGUGCAAUUUUGUGCCCAGGGUGAAUUAGAGCUGCAUGUUUGCAAUUGGCUUUUAAAGACUCUUUAUUUGGAAAAGUGUGUGGCUUCUUGCUUAUUGCUCCUGGAAAAAAAAAAACAGUUGAAUAAACCUAUGCAUUCAGAGUCUGAUAUUUUUAUAUAUGCUAGUUCCUGAAUACUUGUAGAAAUAAUCUUAGCACUGUUUAAAUUGUGUUGUUUUUGUUCUGGAGACCUCUACCUGUUCUUUGAUAAAGCAUGGUGAAUUACUUGAUAUUCCCCUGGAUUUUCUUUUCUUUUUAAGGUAAACUGUCCAUGUGUCCUAUACACACAAACAUCGUGCUGACCAAGUGAUAUAAUUCAGCUAAAUUAAUAUUUAAGCAUAUUGUUCUCAUGUCUAGUUAAUUUACACUUUACAUUUAGUGUAAAAUGUAGAUGUAUCGAGUAUUGCACGUAAUGGUGUGUGCAACUCUCCAGUGUAACGAAAUGUUUCCGUUUAAAGCCACAUGAGGGAGCACGAGAGCAGAUAUAUCACUGGAUGAGCUGCAAUCUGAGGACUGUUGGGGAUUAAAAUGGGGUUUCCUCUGAGUCUGUGAGUUUAUGUGCAACAUUUCUCUUCACUCUAAACGCGUUAAGAUAAUUACAUUUUUUAGUUUAUGUACAGGAGAGCCAUAGUACUUUGGAGAAUGAUUGAUUUACAGUACCAAACUCUUAUUGAUCAUUGAAAACAGGCAAUUAUCAUUCAGGUCUAAUAUCAAUGAGGACAAUUUCACAAAAUGUUAGAAUUUUUUAUUUCUUUAAUGUCCUGGAGAUAAUUAUUUCCAUUCCAUUGUUGCAUAAAUGACUUCCCUGAUGAAUUUGGAGGAAUGUGGUGAAAAUUACAGAACCAUUCAUUGUGAAUUUGGCCUACACACUGAUUCUAAUAAAGUAAAUAAUAUUUG